AUGUUGAAUGAUCAACUAAAUAUAUUUUUAAAUGUUACUGAGUCUAAGGAUUUCAAUUUAAGUCUUAAAGACUAUAAUAAUACAGAGGAUUUGAAAAAUAAAAAGGAUGUUAUUAUAGAUGAACAUCUACAAUCUAUUGGACUAAUCAUUUUAUUGGUUUUAUUCUUUACAAUUGUUAUUGGUAAUUUGACUGUACUUGGUGUGAUUUUUUCAAGAAAAAUCAAAACACAAAUGAAAAUAUUCAUUAUUAAUUUAGCUAUUACAGAUCUCUUUGUAGCCCUCGGUGGAAUCUUACCGGAAAUAAUUUGGAAUAUCACAAUUGUAUUUUAUGCACCAACAUUUGUUUGUAAACUAGUGAAGUAUAUGUCUACUACCAUAACAUACGGAAGCUCUUUCGCAUUAAUAGCGUUAAGUAUUGAUCGUGCAGAGGCUGUAUGUAGACCGCUCCGAGCUACCUCAUCGAAAUUUAGUAAAAAAACACAUGCCCUCAUGUUAAUCGGAUCUGCGUGGUUAGCAGCAGUGGUAUGCGGUAUACCUACAGCGUUACUAGCUCAAAAAGUUUAUGAAGGGACACAGUAUGAAAACUGUCGAUUCGACUUUAGCAGGAUUAGUCCACAAGCCUAUCUAACCUCUAUAGCAAUGUCAGUUUUUGUCAUACCAGCAUUUAUUAUAGCCACCUGUCAUAUUAUCAUCGUAAUUAAAAUUUGGAGUGCAUCCAAAUCUCGAAAAUUCAGAAUAAAUGAUCUACCAGAUUUGCGUCAAAAGCGAUCUCAGGAAAAACAUCUAAGCAAUCCACUUUCUGUAACUACGAUUUCUAUAUCAAACAAGAAGCUAAGUGAAUUGUCACUCGAUAAAAAGAGUCUGCGAAUUGGACUAUCUAGACGUAUUAACCGUAAACAUGUACAUUCCAGUUGUAUAUCCCGUGCUAAAGUGAAAACAGUCAAAAUGACUUGUCUGAUAGUUUCAACUUAUGUGAUUUGUUGGUGUCCAUUUAUGGUAUGGAACUUAAUGGUUACUUAUGGAUAUAUGAGACGAUAUGCUCCAUAUUUGAUGAAAUAUUCCCCGAUUAUUCAACAUUUGGUACCACUGAAUUCAACAGUAAAUCCUGCGAUAUUUUGGAUAUUCAAUGCAGAAAACUUUAUUCGGAGACGAAGAAGAACAACUGGAAUAGUUGUGACAGAUGCAACGAAAUUUUGAAUUAACCUACGGUAAUUCAUGUUAGUCUCCUAAUUCCUACAAUAUGUACCAAAAAUAUAGGUCAAAAAGUUGUUUCAAACGUUCACGUUCGAAUCAAACGUUCAUAACGGGAAAAUAUCUUGCAGUGAAAUGUUAACAAGGCAUAUCUCUUUAUGAUUUAAGAAAAAUCAAAUUAUUUUGCUUUCUUUUUUAGAUUUAAUGAAAUUGUAUUUAUUUGUAAAUUGUCUGAAGUUAGAGAAGGUUUGUUGUUAGUUGUGUAGACAAACGUUUUUUUUUAAACAAAAUAUCGAACAUUUCCACUUUUGAAAAUAAUAAUGAGUUAGCCAUGAUGCGAGCUGAUAUUGUGAAUAAAUAUAGCAGUAAUAAAAAGUUACUGUUUUAUCGGUUGAAUAAAUUGAAGCGUGUUUUUAUCAGAUUGUACUAAGAUAAAACUACCAAUUUUAAUUGUCAUAUAA